AUCCACUGACUACACUCUGAUUGGCCCAAUUCUUUCUCCUUUGCACUGGAGCGCCUCUAAACAAUUUUGUACCUAGACAAAGUUGCGCGCACCAAUUUCAACACAGAAAACAACUCCUCCAAAUCCACCAGCCCAACUUUCUCUUUUCGACAACUUCCAACCAGAAAGUCCUAGAACACCGUCAUCAUGGUCAAGAAGAGAAAGAACAACGGCCGCAACAAGAAGGGCCGCGGCCACGUCAAGCCCAUCCGAUGCAGCAACUGCUCGCGAUGCACCCCUAAGGACAAGGCCAUCAAGCGCUUCACUAUCCGCAACAUGGUCGAGUCCGCCGCUAUCCGUGAUAUCUCGGACGCCUCCGUCUUCGCCGAGUACACGGUUCCCAAGAUGUACCUCAAGCUGCAGUACUGUGUCUCUUGUGCUAUCCACGGCAAGAUUGUCCGUGUCCGAUCGCGUGUUGGCCGCCGAAACAGGGCCCCACCCCCGCGUGUGCGUUACAACAAGGAUGGCAAGAAGGUGACUCCCACCCAGACUGCCAAGGUUGCCUAAAUGCUUCUUUUCGGUGUCUAGGGGAGUGAUAGGGUCUGGGACGAUGAAUCUGGUCAUCGGACAUGGUUUCACUUGCAUGAAAAACGGGUUUCGGUAUGAUUACUACCUCAGAUAAUGACUUAUGAAUCGAGUCAUAUUGCCACUACGUAAACAACUGCAUUUUAUUGGCCAUGCAUAACUACGGCAUUUGCCCUCUAUGACCUAGUUUCCCCAUCAAGAUGUGUAUUUCAGACUUCAGUCUAGCUAGCUGGGCUUUGAAGACUAAUAUAUUAGUCAAAGGCGCUCUAUUUAACUUGACUAUAUAAUCACCGCUUUAAUUCAA